AUGGGCACUGGGACCCCCAAAAUCAGCCCCGAAACCGGACCAAGAAUGGGCACCGGGACCCCCAAAAUCAGCCCCAAAACCGGACCAAGAAUGGGCACCGGGACCCCCAAAAUCAGCCCCGAAACUGGACCCCGAAUGGGCACCGGGACACCCAAACCGGGCCCCAAAAUCAGCCCCAAAACCGGACCCCGAAUGGGCACCGGGACUCCCAAAAUCAGCCCCAAAACCGGAUCCCGAAUGGGCACCAGGACCCCCAAAAUCAGCCCCGAAACCGGACCAAGAAUGGGCACUGGGACCCCCAAAAUCAGCCCCAAAACCGGACCCCGAAUGGGCACCGGGACUCCCAAAAUCAGCCCCAAAACCGGACCCCGAAUGGGCACCGGGACUCCCAAAAUCAGCCCCAAAACCGGACCCCGAAUGGGCACCGGGACCCCCAAAAUCAGCCCCGAAACCGGACCCCGAAUGGGCACCGGGACUCCCAAAAUCAGCCCCGAAACCGGACCCCGAAUGGGCACCGGGACCCCAAAAUCAGCCCCGAAACCGGACCAAGAAUGGGCACCGGGACCCCCAAAAUCAGCCCCAAAACCGGACCCCGAAUGGGCACCGGGACCCCCAAAAUCAGCCCCAAAAUCAGCCCCAAAACCGGACCCCGAAUGGGCACCGGGACUCCCAAAAUCAGCCCCAAAACCGGACCCCGAAUGGGCACUGGGACCCCCAAAAUCAGCCCCAAAAACCGGACCCCCGAAUGGGCACCGGACUCCCAAACCGGGCCCCAAAAUCAGCCCCGAAACCGGACCAAGAAUGGGCACCGGGACCCCCAAAAUCAGCCCCAAAACCGGACCAAGAAUGGGCACCGGGACUCCCAAAAUCAGCCCCAAAACCGGACCCCGAAUGGGCACCGGGACCCCCAAAAUCAGCCCCAAAACCGGACCAAGAAUGGGGCACCGGGACCCCCAAAAUCAGCCCGAAACCGGACCCCGAAUGGGCACUGGGACACCCAAACCGGGCCCCAAAAUCAGCCCCAAAACCGGACCCCGAAUGGGCACCGGGACUCCCAAAAUCAGCCCCAAAACCGGAUCCGAAUGGGCACCAGGACCCCCAAAAUCAGCCCCGAAACCGGACCCGAAUGGGCACCGGGACUCCCAAAAUCAGCCCCGAAACGGACCCCGAAUGGGCACCGGGACCCCAAAAUCAGCCCCGAAACCGGACCAAGAAUGGGCACCGGGACCCCCAAAAUCAGCCCCAAAACGGACCCCGAAUGGGCACCGGGACCCCCAAAAUCAGCCCCAAAAUCAGCCCCAAAACCGGACCCCGAAUGGGCACCGGGACUCCCAAAAUCAGCCCCAAAACCGGACCCCGAAUGGGCACUGGGACCCCCAAAAUCAGCCCCAAAAACCGGACCCCGAAUGGGCACCGGGACUCCCAAACCGGGCCCCAAAAUCAGCCCCGAAACCGGACCAAGAAUGGGCACCGGGACCCCCAAAAUCAGCCCCCAAAACCGGACCAAGAAUGGGCACCGGGACUCCCAAAAUCAGCCCCAAAACCGGACCCCGAAUGGGCACCGGGACCCCCAAAAUCAGCCCCAAAACCGGACCAAGAAUGGGCACCGGGACCCCCAAAAUCAGCCCCGAAACCGGACCCCGAAUGGGCACCGGGACACCCAAACCGGGCCCCAAAAUCAGCCCCAAAACCGGACCCCGAAUGGGCACCGGGACUCCCAAAAUCAGCCCCAAAACCGGAUCCCGAAUGGGCACCAGGACCCCCAAAAUCAGCCCCGAAACCGGACCAAGAAUGGGCACCGGGACCCCCAAAAUCAGCCCCAAAACCGGACCCCGAAUGGGCACCGGGACUCCCAAAAUCAGCCCCAAAACCGGACCAAGAAUGGGCACCGGGACCCCCAAAAUCAGCCCCAAAAUCAGCCCCAAAACAGGACCCCGAAUGGGCACCGGGACUCCCAAAAUCAGCCCCAAAACCGGACCAAGAAUGGGCACUGGGACACCCAAACCGGGCCCCAAAAUCAGACCCAAACCAGACCCCAAAUGGGCACCGGGACCCCCAAAAUCAGCCCCAAAACCAGACCCCGAAUGGGCACCGGGGACCCCCAAAAUCAGCCCCAAAAUCAGCCCCAAAACCAGACCCCGAAUCAGCCACAAAUCAUCCCUGGAGCCAGACCCCGAAUGGGGGCACCGGGACCCCAAAAUCAGCCCCAAAACCGGACCCCGAAUGGGCACCGGGACCCCCAAAAUCAGCCCCAAAACCGGACCCCGAAUGGGCACCGGGACCCCCAAAAUCAGCCCCAAAACCGGACCCCGAAUGGGCACCGGGACCCCCAAAAUCAGCCCCAAAAUCAGCCCCAAAACCAGACCCCGAAUGGGCACCGGGACCCCCAAACUGGGCCCCAAAUCAGCCCCAGACCCCCAAUAA